AUGGCUUCCAAGCUCGCCCAGCUGCUCACCACCGCGCGCGCGCUCCCGCCGACACCCUUCCGCGCCUCGGGGCCGCAACUGACCGACGCGAUCGAGGGCAUGGCGUCCCGCGCCUUCAACAUGCCUGCCAAGUCGGAUGUGCGCGAUGUCGAGGCCAAGACGCUCUCGAGCUACGAGGAGGAGCGCGUUGAGCGCGCUAUCGCUGCGCUGGAGCGGCUUAGGCAGGGGGAGGCGCUUAGGGAGGUGAGUACGGCGUGCGGCCCGUGA